UCGGUCAAGUAGCCCGGUACACACCGAGCCGUAAUCCACCUGAACGCUUUAAUCCACCUCGUCGCUUUAAUCCGGUUCAUCUUUUUCACCUCCCGCUAAUCCAGUUAGUUGAGUCCGGGUGUGAGGGGUCCGCUUCCGGUGACAGCAUGUCGUCCAGCCCGCAGGAGGACAAGAAGGAGGACAAGAAGGAGGAGAAGAAGUCCUCCUCCUGGAGGGAUUUCAUCUACAACCCGCAGACCGGAGAGUUCAUGGGCCGGACCGCCACCAGCUGGGCUUUGAUCUUCAUCUUCUACCUCUUCUUCUAUGGUUUCCUGGCGGGGAUGUUCUCCCUCACCAUGUGGGUGAUGCUGCAGACUCUGGAUGAGAACGUCCCGCGCCACCGCGACCGCGUCGCCAAUCCUGGUCUGGUGAUCCGGCCUCCCUCCAUGGACAUCGCCUUCAGCCGCAGCGACCCAGAAAAGUACGGCGAGUACGUCAAACACCUGGAGGACUUCCUGAAGCCGUAUAACGACAGCAUCCAGGAGCGGAACGACCUGUGUCUGGUGGGCGAGUACACCGAGCAGGACGGCGAGCAGGAGAAGAAGGUGUGCCAGUUCAAGCGCAGUCUGCUGCGGCAGUGCUCCGGCCUGUCCGACACCACCUUCGGUUACGCCGAGGGGAAACCCUGCAUCCUGGUCAAGAUGAACCGGGUCAUUGGACUGAAGCCACGAGGAGACCCCUACAUCAACUGUACAGUCAAGCAGAGAGACAGUGCACUAGCGAUGCAGUACUUCCCAUCAGAGGGCCGUCUGGACAAGAUGUACUUCCCCUACUACGGCAAGAAGGCCCAUCCGGGCUAUGUGCAGCCUGUGGUGGCGGUGAAGUUGCUGCUGACGAAGGACGACUACGACGUGGAGCAGACGGUGGAGUGUAAGGUCGAGGGCUCCGACCUGCGCAACAACGAUGACCGUGACAAGUUCCUGGGUCGCGUCACCUUCCGGGUCAAAGUGUCCGAGUAACCGGACCUGCCGGUCGCCAUGGUUACCAUAGACUGGGUUUACACCGGCAAUAAAGCUCUGGUUUAGAACUGUUUCUAGUCCAGAUCUGAUCUCCUCCUGGAUGUCUGAACACUGAAUCCGGUUCGCCUGUUUAGACACUCCAGAGUUAUUAUAGUUGUUUUUUUUUUUUUUUUUUUUAAUUUUUUUAAAUUUUUGUAUUGUAUUUUUCAUUAUUAUUAUUAUUUAAAAUUUUAGUCUCCAGACUGGUUUCUCUGGUCCCAGUUGAGUUGUUCUUGCUGUCAGUGUCAGUGGGAAUUAGUGGUUUUAUUCUAAUCUGGACGCUGUUUUUCAGAUUAGCUCUUCACUUUGUGAAGGCAGAGACUC